AUGUCAAUACCAGUGGAAGUGGCCGCCUCUAUGUUUGCACCACAGCCGGUGCGAGCAACAAAACCACCGUCAUUUCUUGAUAGGCGACGAAGUAGCACGCUGAACAAGGACAUGUAUUUGGCAUCAAUGCGACGCCCAAGUGCAACUCCUUCGGUCAUUUCCAAUUUCUUUCAAGGAUGGUCCAAUGAUACCAGCAACAAAGAGCCACAUCUACAAAGCAGCGAAGAUAAUGAUGCUUGGCGGAGAAGCAGCAACUUUAGCAAUGCUAGUGUCAGCACAACCGAUAGCGAUGCUAGUUACAGUAGUGCAUUGAGCAGCGGCAUGGUUCAUCCAACGCAGCCUGUUAUUGAUCGACCCCAUCAUCCAACACCAGCACACCAACGACGACUAAGUAUGGCUCAACAAUCACAAGAUGAUGAUGAUGACGACGACGUUGAGGAUGAUCCUUUACGACAACAUGCUGCAAGAAGAUCACGUGCUGAUAGCGUACAGAUUGGCAUCCACAUCAAUGAUCUGCUCAAAAAUGAAGAUGUCAAAGAGGCUGUUGACGUACUCAAGGAAGCUGUAUACACCAUGAGCAUGACCGAUUUACAUGAUGAACACGAUAAUGAACAAGUGGUGACCACCUAUUCAACGAUGCUGCGAACGCUAUGUGAGCCCAAGAUGGCACGCAUCACCACUGAAAUAUCGGGAAUUGAUCUUGAAAAGAAUCCUGAUGCCGUGUAUGAUACAAUCAUAUGGAGAAUGUUCGCCAAAGUGGUUGAAGCAGGAUACACACUUGAGACAUCGGCCUAUGUAGCAGUAGUCCAGUACCUUGUGGAUGUCAAACACGAGAUGCUAGCUUUGCAAGCUAUUUACUCUAUGCCAAGGCCAUGCUGGGAUAUACAAGUUUACCGUUUAGCCAUCUCGCUCCAUUUGUUACAAACACCCAAGCAAAUCGACCAAGCAGAGUACUUGAUUGGUGAAUUUGGAAAGCCCUAUAUUGAUUUGGCAAAUCCAUUGGCGCCUACAAUGCUUCCCCCGAUACGUAUCGAGACACCUCUUAUGGCAAAAGUCACUGAGCAAGAUCGAUUUAAAUUGUGGAUGUUUUACCAAAAUGCGCUAAGCGGGACCAAAUGGGCCUAUGAACGUGAAGAAUACGAGCGAAAGAAUGUGGAUGAAUCAGCUGCCGUGGCACGUAGUCAUCGACGCCGUAAUAGUAUUUUGCAAGAUUGGGCUGAGCGACGUGUGAAAGGGGAGACAAAUCAAGAGCGCAUUCUACAAGACAAGAUUGACAAUGAUAAUGCCAUGAUGUAUACAGCGCUACAGUGUCAGCAAUAUGAAUAUGCAUGGGAUUUGUACAAGAAAAUGGGUGCUGCCGUUGAUGAAUUCACACCACGUGUUGCCAUGCACGUAUGCUGGCGUGCGUUUGGAGCUACCCCAAUCAUGACACAUGUAUCUCGACGUAGUGAUUGGGAAGCUCGUGCUUGGACGGUAUACACACGCUUCAUGUGCACCGAAUACAUGGUACCGGAUCAACCCGAGAUGCCUGGAUUUCUUGAAGAAAUGUUGCUACUUGCAACAUUUGCACCUGCACGUGCACACGAGCGCUAUGACAAGGUUUUCAGCGUAUAUGACUUGUUGCUACGUCUGCAAUUUGACCACUUGUUGAGUAACGAGCAGGUUGUUAUCCCAAUGCUUUGCACCCUAUUGUUGGAAUGCCGUGGUUCACCAGCAGCCAUUGUGGAAACAUGUUCAAAAGCCUUUAGUAUCUGGCGACGUAAGAAGGCUAUUGACAAUGUGAAUCACGUGGAUCAACAAGAAGCAUCGUACGCUAUUCCAUGGGCGUUGCUCGUGUUAUGUUACAAGUCUGGAUCCAUCAAUGACUUUGCCGAAUUGAUUGAAUCUCUAUUACCAUUGCCUGUUGACGAUAUACCAACGUCACUACUUGCACCCAUCCAAGCGUUUCAUGACAAGCAUCUUCUUUGUGAAUCAUCCUGCUAUUUUCACAAGUACAUUUUCCGGCCUGUUCAAUUUAUUGAUGGUGAUGACCCUGAAGAUGAUAGCAAGGAGUGGUGUGGAUCAUCAUUGAAUGGGAAUGAGGAUGAAUGUCUAGAUACGUUUGGGUUUAUUUGUCAUGGUGAUAAAGACGGCGAAUGGGGCAAGUCUGUGCAACAUGCUGAUGGGGAUGCAACAGCGUCGGGACCAAUUGCAUUUGUCGAUCAUGCGCUUCACCAACGCACUAACAUUGCCGACCCGAAUGCAAACAUGUUAGCCAUGGCAGCUGCUUUAGGUGCAGGACAAGAUGAAUGUCUUCAAGUUCAAGCAUUACAUUGUUCUUCAAUCAAAGCUAAAAGCCUUAUCCGCCAUUGUUUUGAUGUUGUCUCUCACAAACAUAAAUAA